GUAGUGAAUGCAUGGCACGCGGGGAUCGUGUUGAAGGUGACAGGUAGAGCUAUGCCGGGAGCUCUGAGUUUGUUGCAGACCACCGUGUUUGCUGCCGGAGACGGGGAGAAAGAGGCGGCCGCCCCGUUCCACCGGGAUGAACUAUCGUUAUACACCGUUCCUCAGCAGGAGUCUCGGUAUGUGGAGCCUGAAGCGGGUCAACUGGAGCAGAGUGUCGCCACCGUCAGGAAGUUAGCAGAACCAUACACGGAUUGGUGUCGGGACACCUACGACAAAGUUAAACCCAAAGUGCAAAGUGUCGUCCGGUUUGGGAAUGACACAUACGCCUACCUGAAGAACCCGCCGAAGGACUUCUACCCCCGGGCAGGAAUUAUCGGCUUCACCGGUGUCCUGGGGCUGUUUCUUGCACGAGGCUCCAGGAUUAAAAGGCUCAUAUACCCGGCGGGCCUGGUGACCGUGAGCGCCUCCCUCUACUACCCGGAGCAGGCUGUGACCGUCGCAAAGUCAACCGGAGACACCAUGUACGACCGCGCGGUGCAGAGCUACGCUGCUGUGGAGAAGCUGCUGAAGCCUCAGAGCAAAGCUGAAAACGGCACCGGCUCAGAAACUAAGCCCUGAGGGCCCCACUGUGAUUCUGCAACAACUCAGCAAUAACAAAAUAGCAGCAGCCCCCCCGAUGCUGUAGAUUGACAUGUGCUUUCUAGACAGGCUCUAAUGUGUGACUUCCUCAUGCCCACUUUUUGCACUAAGCUUCACCUCAGGCCGGGCAUGGCCUGUCACGGCCUGUCACAAGGGAUUUGCAACUUGACUGAUUUACUUCUGAUCUGAAUGUAUAUUUAUGUAGAGAAUUAAUAAAAAUCAGCUGUCUAACGUUUAAA